AGCGGCCUUUCAUGACAGUUUAUAUUCUAAAUAAGAGCGCUUUACGCCUCCUAUGAUAGACCUAAAUUAUAGGGAGUGACGUUGGCAUCUGUCACGCAGUGUUUCAGAGCGGGCAGUGAGCCCCACCAGGAAAGUCCUCCUUGACAAUUCAGUUUGUGGAAGGCCAGUUUGUUGACUCCUAUGACCCAACAAUAGAAAACACCUUUACUAAAAUGAUCACAAUAAAUGGACAAGAGUAUCAUCUUCAACUGGUAGACACAGCAGGACAGGAUGAGUACUCCAUCUUCCCACAGACUUACUCCAUAGAUAUCAAUGGUUACAUUCUGGUCUAUUCAGUUACAUCUAAUAAAAGCUUUGAAGUUGUUCAGGUUAUCCAUGAAAAACUGUUGGACAUGGUGGGAAAAGUCCAAGUACCAAUUAUGCUUGUCGGAAACAAGAACGACCUACAUAUGGAACGAGUAAUCAGUUGUGAAGAGGGAAAAGCGUUAGCUGAAUCCUGGAACGCUGCCUUCAUGGAGUCCUCAGCUAAAGAGAACCAGACGGCCGUGGAAGUUUUCCGGAGGAUGAUCCUGGAGGCAGAGAAAAUGGAUGGCGGCGUGCAGCCAGGAAAAACGUCCUGCUCCAUGAUGUAGAGCCGCCCAAUCAACACACAGGACACUGCACUGGGAUAUCCCGUUACUUGAAGGCUAGCUGCCAGUUCUCCUUCACCUCAGCUGACUCCACCCCUUCCACAGGGUCCUAAAUAUCCAAUACUGUCUAUUUAUGGCUCUGAAUCCACUGUUAUUUAUCAGUAUUUCCUAUUCCCAUUUGUCAUCCUUGUUUUUCUUUGUGUGUUUGAUUAAAAAAAAGGGUGAGUGGUG